AUGAUCCAUGGAUUAACUACUCCGAAUUCGAAACCGCUUGGGAUAUCGUCUCAAACUAACAGUCCAAUCAGUACCCCGAAAAACUCUCCCAACAAGAAAAGAUUGCAGACUAAAAUGGCUAGGGCUUCAUCCACGCCUACGUCGGCAAAUACAUCUGCAUCCGCAAUAACUCUCUCAUUGAAUAACCUUCAGAAUGACUACAAUAACUUGGAGAGAUCAUACGCAGACUUACUCCUCAGAUCCAAUUCCAUAUCGAUUGAUAAACUCCAACUUGAAAAAGACCUUCAAUUGAAGGCAGAGAUAAUAGCUGAGCAGUCAGAUAAGAUUGUGAGUUAUGAAAGCAUAAUAAACUCCAUGAAAGUGGAGUAUGGAAAGAACCAGGAAUUGUACGAAAAGGAGUUGUUUUACUAUAAGGAAUUGGUCAGUGAUCUAGAGUUGAAAAUAAAUAAGCUAACUAAGGAAUUGGACAGCAUAGAACCCCAAGUUACUCAGUUCGACGAUAAUUCUGCUGCAUUGGAAGAUAUCUCAAAGAAAUAUACAGAUUUGUUAAAAGACUUUAAGAUUUUGCAAAGUAAUUUCGAAGUCGAGCAAAGUUCCAAAUUGGUCUUAAUGGACCAAAUUGAGUACAUAACGCAUGAAAUGGAUAACAAUCAAAAGGACAAAAGCAACUCAGAGUAUGAUUACAAGAAUGAGAGCAGCAAUGAAUUUAUUGGAGGAGACAUUGAGAGCAAAGAAAUACACAUGGAUACGUUCCAUACGCUUAAUGCAUUACAUGAGCAAUCGGACUCCGAAUCUGAUUCGGACAACGAAGUUCGUGGCAAACAUGGUAGAAUGUUGAGUUUGGCAGAUGAAAUCUCGUCAUCAUCCCCAAUCAAAGACCUUGAAAAGGAAGAGAAGAGAAACAAGCGUGUAACUUCGGUGCUUCAUAACCCAAAUUUCAAAUUCCCACCUUCACCUGAUCCUGAAGACAAGCAAAAGCAACGCCAAUCACUCCCAGCUAAAUUGAAGACAUCUUCACCACAUCUUGAUCAAGAAGAAUUUGUGCUAUCACCUCUCAAAUUGACGGCUAACCACAAUGGAUCUUCCUCGUCAUACUUUGAUCUUGCUAAUGCAUCCAUAACCAAAUCUGAAAGAAGAUACUCCAACAGCAAACCUCAUCACUCAAGAUACAAUUCGCAUGAUGUCUUUCCUAUAACAGUUGAGUUCGAACAACUCCAAUCAGAAAAUGGACUUCGUGCUGCAUCCGUUCCUGAAAAGAUCCAUAAUGCCGCCACAGAAGGCAGGAGGAACAGAAAUUCAGCUUUUCUUGCUGAGACUUCAAUUGAAGAGGGCCAAGUCCUGAACAGGAACUCCAUGUUGACAGAAUCUUCAUCUAAAAGGUCUUCUUUGUUAAUGGACCAGAGCAUUCUCACAAACGAUAUGACCAAACAGGAAAUAAUGAAACUCAAAUUUGAAUUACAAUCGUUAAAGCUUCACAAUGAAAAAUUGUUGUCAUAUAUUGGCUUUGAGUUGCAAAAGCAAAAGAAAAACAUCAAAAAACUUUCCCAUAAACAAUCACUCAACAGUAUGAGGAAUAAUAUGGAAUACUCGGAUGCUAAAUUGAUUGAAAAAUCAAGAGAUAUGUUAAUUCAUAAAAAGCGUGUCUUAAGAAGCGUAUCCAUUAAUCCUAUAGUGAGUAAAAGGGGUGAUGGUAACAAUAAUCGUAGUAGUCAAAUAAUUAGUAAGGGCUUACUUAAGAAGAAUGAGGAUGGAACUGAAGGGCUUAUAGGAUUUCCAUAUCAACUCUUUGAUGGAGAUGAUGAGUAUGGAUUCUUAAAUGACCCGAACCAUGGCUCAAGGUUAUUUGAUAAUGGUAUAAAAAGUUACUACGAAAUAGACGAAGAAAUAGAAGAGCAUGAAGAUGGGAGUUUGAGGGGACCCAAGAAGUACAAAUCACAAAUAUUCAGGCAUUCUGAAGCAAUGCUGUCUGACUAUGAUGAAGACGAUGAUGAUAUUGAAGCAGAGGAAGAAGAUGACGAGGAUUCAUGGCAAGACGUUUCUGAAGCUGAAGGUACUAUAUCGAACAAGGCCCCACUGACAUCUGUUUUCAAUCAUAUCAAGGGCUUAUUUAUAAGUAACCACACUACCAACAAACACAAGACCACCAACGACACAGUGGAUGAAACGUUAAAAUAUAAGUUCUUUACCAUAGCAGUUGGUAUCUUGAUUAUUGGAAUACGGUUCUCGCACAAUCAGAAUAUCCAUCACCAGUAA